GAUCGUAAAGUUUUUGCGCGUGAGAGCCACGAGAGUUCCGGGUUGAGAUUCUCUUUUUAAGACUUCCAGUUUCCAUUUGCACUUAGGCGAAGAGCUUAGAGAAAAGGGGAGAGCUAGAGGCAGUCUGUGUAACUCAAAUAUCUGGGAGCGGUUUCGUGCAUCACGCCCCAGAACUUGUAGUUCCACUCAGGGGAACGGACCUGCCCGACAGCUGCCGGAAGUGGGGCUGCGCGGAAUGGCUUUCGCUGCUACCAUGGCGGCAGCCGCCCGGGAGCUCGUGUUGCGGUCCGGGGCCUCAGAUAUGGAGGAGGAGGAGGGCCCACUGGGGGGUGGUCCAGGUCUCCAGGAGCCACUGCAACUUGGAGAGUUGGACCUCACCUCUGAUGAAUUCAUCCUGGAUGAAGUUGAUGUUCACAUUCAGGCAAAUCUGGAGGAUGAGUUAGUAAAGGAAGCUCUUAAAACGGGUGUGGAUCUCCGUCACUAUUCAAAGCAAGUUGAACUGGAGCUACAGCAGAUUGAGCAGAAAUCCAUUCGUGAUUAUAUCCAAGAAAGUGAGAACAUAGCAUCUCUGCACAAUCAGAUCACAGCCUGCGAUGCUGUCCUUGAGCGCAUGGAGCAAAUGUUGGGAGCUUUUCAGAGUGACCUCAGCUCCAUCAGCUCUGAGAUCCGGACGCUGCAGGAACAGUCAGGAGCCAUGAACAUUAGGCUUCGAAACCGCCAGGCUGUCCGUGGGAAGCUCGGGGAGCUUGUCGAUGGUCUGGUGGUGCCCUCUGCUCUGGUCACGGCAAUUCUGGAGGCGCCAGUGACAGAACCCCGGUUCCUGGAACAGCUGCAGGAACUGGAUGCCAAGGCAGCUGCAGUCCGGGAGCAGGAGGCUAGAGGCACAGCGGCCUGUGCAGACGUCAGGGGCGUGCUGGACCGGCUCCGGGUCAAGGCGGUAACAAAGAUCCGAGAGUUCAUCCUUCAGAAGAUCUAUUCCUUCAGGAAACCAAUGACCAACUAUCAGAUCCCCCAGACGGCCCUACUGAAGUACAGGUUCUUCUAUCAGUUCCUGCUGGGCAAUGAGCGGGCCACGGCCAAGGAGGUCAGGGACGAAUACGUGGAGACGCUGAGCAAGAUGUACCUGUCUUACUACCGCUCCUACCUGGGGCGGCUCAUGAAGGUGCAGUAUGAGGAAGUCGCUGAGAAGGAUGAUCUGAUGGGCGUGGAGGAUACAGCAAAGAAAGGCUUCUUCUCAAAGCCGUCCCUUCGCAGCAGGAACACCAUUUUCACCCUGGGGACCCGUGGCUCCGUCAUCUCGCCCACUGAACUGGAAGCCCCCAUCCUUGUGCCGCACACAGCACAGCGGGGAGAACAGAGGUACCCUUUUGAGGCACUCUUCCGCAGCCAGCACUAUGCCCUCCUGGACAACUCCUGCCGAGAAUAUCUUUUCAUCUGCGAGUUCUUCGUGGUGUCUGGCCCGGCUGCACACGACCUCUUCCACGCCGUCAUGGGCCGCACCCUCAGCAUGACACUGAAGCACCUGGAGUCUUACCUGGCCGACUGCUACGAUGCCAUAGCGGUUUUUCUCUGUAUCCAUAUUGUUCUCCGGUUCCGCAACAUUGCAGCAAAGAGGGAUGUCCCCGCCCUGGACAGGUACUGGGAACAGGUGCUUGCCUUGCUGUGGCCGCGGUUUGAGCUGAUCCUGGAGAUGAACGUCCAGAGCGUCCGGAGCACUGACCCCCAGCGCCUCGGGGGGCUGGACACUCGGCCUCACUAUAUCACACGCCGAUAUGCGGAGUUCUCCUCUGCCCUCGUUAGCAUCAAUCAGACGAUUCCCAACGAGCGGACGAUGCAGCUGCUGGGUCAGCUACAGGUGGAGGUGGAGAAUUUUGUCCUCCGAGUGGCAGCCGAGUUCUCCUCAAGGAAGGAGCAGCUUGUGUUUCUGAUCAACAACUAUGACAUGAUGCUGGGCGUGCUGAUGGAGAGGGCUGCUGAUGACAGCAAAGAGGUUGAAAGUUUCCAGCAGCUGCUCAAUGCUCGGACACAGGAAUUCAUCGAAGAGCUGCUAUCUCCCCCUUUUGGGGGUCUGGUGGCAUUUGUGAAGGAAGCUGAGGCCCUGAUUGAGCGUGGGCAAGCCGAACGACUCCGAGGGGAAGAAGCCCGCGUUACUCAGCUGAUCCGGGGCUUUGGCAGUUCCUGGAAAUCAUCUGUGGAGUCCCUGAGCCAGGAUGUCAUGCGGAGCUUCACCAACUUCAGGAAUGGAACCAGCAUCAUCCAGGGAGCACUAACCCAGCUGAUCCAGCUCUACCACCGCUUCCACCGUGUGCUGUCCCAGCCCCAGCUCCGAGCCCUCCCAGCCCGUGCUGAGCUUAUCAACAUCCACCACCUCAUGGUAGAGCUCAAGAAGCACAAGCCCAACUUCUGACACACCAGAUGCUGGAGCCACCGGCCCUCCCCAUGAACUUCUUCCCCCGGGGUCCCCCUUCCGGUUUGCCCCUGGCCAGAAGAAAUUUGAGGAUGCAGGCCCUUGACAUGCCGCACCCGCCUUCACCCCCAGGCACCUGCCUCCUCAGGAUAAGCUGGGUCACUGUGGCUUUCUGAACCUCCUGUCCUCAGGUUUCCAGGACCACUCCCCGCUGGGCUUCCAAAAUAACCUUGGUUAUUUUUCCAAUUUUCUCAUUCCUCUUCUUCCCCCUACACCACCCUGCCCUUUUCUUCUGCUGGUGAAACCCUCGCUACCACAUCUUUGGUUCACUCAGCUCUUACCCCCUGGUGUCAGGUGUGAAGCCUCAGCUCUUGGAGUUGGUGUAGCAGGGGAGACUGCCUCAUAACAGUUGAUUUUUUUUUUUUUUUCCUACUCAAAGUGAUUCUUUUCUGUAGCUUUUUGACCUAAGAUCUCAGCAACUUGAACACUAACCAGUCCCCUCCUGGCUUGAGAGUUACUCCAUCCAAGGUCAGUCUGCAGAAAACAAUAAAUGUUUAAUAUGACGUAAA